AUGGGAGCCAGUCUCAGACCUCUCCGAGGCUGGGACACCAGUUCCGACGCGAAGGGAAAGGCCAGCUUGUGGAGGGAAGGGAGACGCCAGCUUGCAGAGGGCCGCCUGCCCGAGUUAACACAGCCAGCGAGCUCCCCCGUGCACAUCCUGGCUGUGGAGCAGACUCCUAUUCACGCCGCCUCCAGGACACUGUUGGCCCACUUGCUUCCUCCCGUGCUGGUUCCGAGGUACAGUGAGUACAACCCUCAGCACAGCCUUCUGGCACAGUUCUGUAACUUGGGACAGAAUGAGCCUCACAUGCCACCGAACGCCACGUUUCCAGAUUCCUUCCAGCAGCCCAGCACCCACCCAUUUCCGCACUCGUCCAACAAUAGCUACCCCAACUCCCUAGGCAGCAGCAGCAGCAGCAGCAGCAGCACCUACCCUCACUCCAGCACCAGCUCAGACCCAGGCAGCCCUUUCCAGAAGUCAGCUGACAUACCCCCACCUGCUUACCAGCCUCCUGAAGAUGCCAUGGCCCAAGAUGGCUCUCAGCCAAUGGACACAAAUAUGAUGGCACCUGCCCUGCCCUCCAAGAGCAACAGAGGAG